UGACUCGUGUCCAGGUUUCUGUCCAAUAGGCUUUCCCAUUAAAUACCAAUUUAAGAGGGAAAAAAUGCCGCCCCCUUUUCUCCGAGCCUUUAUCUCUUCCGACCAUCUCUAGGCGAAACCCUUUGGUACCAGGAGUGGAUCUGCACGUAUCUCCUCUCUGUCAUUCUGUCUCGCCGUUGCCACCUUCCGCACCCCUCCUUGGCUUCUUUGCCACUCCGGGAGGGGUGGGAGGAGGAACUGCACUUUCUUUUUCUGCGUGUGAGCGUACCUUUCCCUGCACCGCCGUUAUCUCUCGCAGCCGCUCCGAACCCGCGCCGAGAUUUUCGUUUAUUUUGUUUUGCUUUUCUUUUUCAGCGUUCGCAUAUUUUCCAUUAUCCUUACUCGAAAGAUGCAGGAGGAGUUAGGAAGCUCAGGGAUGGAUGGGGGUUUCGUUUAUCCCUUUUUUUCCUCCCCUCGCCAGCUCUUGAAGGACUAGAAGAAAAACUAAACCAAACAUUCAUUUUCCGACGGCGUCUUUCCCCUCCUCCUGCCCCUCUCCGCCGGGCCGGUGAAUUAACAAAACCGCACGUUACACCACCCUCCAAAAAAAAAAAAAAAAAAAAAAAAAAAAAGAAAGAGAAUAGAGAAGAAAGGAGGGAGCGACGCAUUGUUACCCCGACCCGCGGCGUGCCUGCGCGCCGGGCCGCGGCGGAACAAAGCGGCAGCGCCGCGCCGGGCUCCGCGCCCCGGGCUCCGCGUCCGGCCCGGCCCGGCAGCGGCGCGGCCGCCGCGGGCGACGAAAGGCCGAGGGGGUGGGAGACGAGGAAUAAUCCCGGACAGUACCGGUGCUGUCGCAGCAUCCCUUUUGUUAUUUAUCGCGACCGGGGAAGAGGAGGAGGAAAAGCGGGGGAGACGGCACUUUUUCCCCUGUAAAACCGACUGGGCGCAGCCGCUGGCGCGCUGCAUCCCACUGCCCCGAAUAAGCGGGCGGAGGAGGACUUUGAUGGGGGAAACGCUUUUUCCUCCCCAGAUGCAUCGUAAGUAACUUAAGUUGUUAUUCAUACUCCGCAAACAAACACGGCGAUAACAUCUCUCAUCUCUGGAGCGCUGGAGGCCGCGGCGAGGGAUGAGAUCUACCUUUCCCCAUCCGAGCAGGACACUUUUCCGCUCGUAAUUAAUUUGAUUUCAUUUUGAUUUUUUAAUUUUUCCAUGCUCCGCUCCCGGAGGGUCAUUUGAACUGUAAAGGAAUCGCCGAGGGGGCGAGGGGACCUGGAGAGAGAGGCUGUCCAAACGACUCCACCGAGGUAAGCAGCCUUAACAAUAUCUCCCUUUUGCAGGUAGCAAGGGGUAUUGGUUUACUGUAAUAAUAAAAAGAAAAAAAAAUAGGGAGGGGGACAAAAAGCCUCUUUCCGGAUCAGCUCACUAAAACCCACUGUAUGGAUAAUAAAUAAUAAAAACAAUAAACCAAAAGGAAAAAUUCAACUCACACCGCAGAAAAACCUCUAAGCAACUUUCUUCAGGAAGCACCUCUUUAAUUGCCCAUUUUCGUACAACCGCGCUGCAAAUCCUCCCUCUCUAGUGGGCUUUCGCAUGAGCCCCCUCGCUUGAAUCCCAGUUGAAAGAUGAUUUUAAACCUUUCUUAUGUAUCUUUUUGCCCCACGAGAUCGUUGAUACCUGACCUGCGCGCUAGCCGGGUUUUUUCCCUACCCCUGCCUUGUGGGCCUGAUUAACGUUCCUUAUUAAAAAUCGAAGAGGAAGCGUUUCCGACGGCCCUGGCAAGAGACGGCCCUUUCCCAGGGAAGGAAACGCUCUCCUCUCCCCCUCCCCAGUCCUGGCCUCCUGCGCACCCCGGGGAGUGCCGAGCCCAGGCCCCCGUUGGAGCUCCGCUGGCCCGCCACGCGUGCCCAGCUUCUCGUCCCGUGGGGGAGGCUUGGCUCUAACCUUGCCUGGGAAGAAUUCCUCCUGCUCGUAUUAUUAUUAUUAUUAUUAUUAUUAUUAUUAUUUCCCCAACCGUGUCUGAGGCCCGAGUGGGACUUUCCCUGGAAACUUUAUGUGGAAAUACUUGACAAUCUGAAUUCGGAGGAAGGGAGGACGCGAUGUUCCCUCCUCCCUCGGUCUCGCUCCCCACCUCACUCGACACCCCAGCCGUAAACACACACACACACACACACACACGCACACAUUUGUGUUCAAGGUUAUUCACUAGUUGCCUGAUGUAUUGUUUUAUUACAUGCCGGCAUGUCCACGGACGCGCUCGGAUUUGUAUUGCUGUCUACAUGACAGAUGGUGCUCUGUGAGGCCGCAAGAAGAUACGAUUCAAUUUUCUUUUGAAAGGCUCCUCCGCCCCCUCCAAGAUGAUGCUUAGCCCGGACCAAGCCGCCGACUCCGACCACCCCUCCUCGGCGCCCUCCGACCCGGAGUCCCUGGGCGGCGCGGACGCCCAGGCUCUCAGCUGCUGCGUGUCCGACCCGGAGCCCGCCGAGGGCGGCGGCGGCGAGGGCCGGGGCGGCGGCGGGGUGGCGGCGGGAGGGCCGGGUCGGGGCCGGCCGGGGCUGCACCCGCCGCCGCUGAGCCGGGAGGAGAAGCGGCGGCGGCGCCGCGCCACGGCCAAGUACCGCUCGGCCCACGCCACGCGUGAGCGGAUCCGCGUGGAGGCCUUCAACCUGGCCUUCGCAGAGCUGCGCAAGCUGCUGCCCACCCUGCCCCCCGACAAGAAGCUCUCCAAGAUCGAGAUCCUGCGCCUCGCCAUCUGCUACAUCUCCUAUCUCAACCACGUGCUGGACGUGUAGCGCCCGGCGGGCGCCCGGAGCCCCGGGACACCCCCCGCCCACCGCCCCCGGUCCGGCCGCGGCGGGCAGCGCCUUCCCCGGGGCGGGCGGUGGGGCGGGGGGGUCCCCGCUGCCUGCCCUCCCUCCCCGGGGGGGGUUCCCACCCGACCGAGAGCCCGCUUUUCGAAGAGAAGUGUAAAACCGGAUUGUUUCUUCAGGCUGUCAAGUGCCCCUUUAUAUAUAUCCAAAAACAUCUACUUGUGACCUUAAACGUGUGACCCAUGGGUGCAGUUAAAAAUAACUAUUUUUUAUUUAUGGUAGAAGGAGUUGACAAUUUAUUUUUUUCAAGAUUUAUUUAUUUUUCAGAGUGGUGGCAAUUUUACUUUGGAUACUUCGUGCCAAUUGGUUUCUAUAGUCGGGUGUUUACACUUUCUCCUGUGGAAUAUUAUGUUUGACUUUAUGAGUGUUUGUUGGGAUCAAUACAGUGGUCAUUUUGUUUUCUUUUUAAUUUAUUUUUUUCCCUCCAAUUAUAUUGCACUUGUGUACCACAAACCUCCCCUCUCUUCCUGUUUAUAAGUAUAUUUUAUAUAUAUCAAGGCAUUUGUUCUUGACCUUUUUUCUUUCUUUUCUUGUGUGGGAUCGACAACCACUAGCACUUAACUAGAAGAGUUUUUUAAAAAAAUUUGUUGUUAUUCUGAUCUAUAGUUCUGUCUGAAAAGUACUUUGCAAAUCGUUUAUAAGGGAAGUAGUUUCUUUGUGAGUGUAUAUGUGCGUGUGUGUAUACAUGCAUGUGUGUGGGAGUGAGCGUGUGUGUGUAUGUGUGUGGUAUAUUUUUAGGAAAGGACUUUUUUCCUAAAAAAAAAAGAAAAAAAAAGAAAGAAAAGUAAAUCCAGGACUGCUUUCCUUUGUGACAACCAAAAAAAAAAUCUAUAACCUGAAAAUGUUUCAUGUCCUUUGCUGUGAAUCUCUUAAAACAAGAAGCGCAUUCUAGGGAUAAAAGAGAAAAAGAAAAAACACAUCUGCUAUCCAAAGAUUUUAGUCUUUUUCAGGGUUUUUUUGUGUGUCUCUGUUGCUUUAUAUAAUGCAAUAUUUUGUAGUGAAAAUAGAUAAAUCUGGUUUCUAUCUGAUGCGUUUUUCAUAUCUCUCAUGAAUGGUGAGCUGUUUUGCAUAUAAAUAAAAGUAUCAAAUAAAA